AUGAGCACCACAAAGAUCUACAUAGUGUAUUACUCUUUACAUGGACAUGUAGAGAUUAUGGCACGAGAAAUCCAGAGAGGAGCUAAUGCAGUUCAGGGUGUUGAAGCAACCCUUUGGCAGGUACCUGAGACACUUUCUAACUCAAUAUUGCGUAAGGUGAAGGCCAAUCCUAAAGCAGAUGAUGCUCCAGUUAUUCUGCCGGAACAACUUUUGGAGGCCGAUGGUUUUCUCUUUGGUUUUCCUUCUCGUUUUGGUGUGAUGGCAUCCCAAUUCAAAGCCUUCUUUGAUGCCACCCAUGAGCUAUGGGCAACCCAAGCUCUUGCCGGGAAACCUGCUGGAAUCUUCUGGAGUACUGGUUUCUAUGGAGGAGGCCAGGAACUUGCUGCAUUUACAGCCAUAACGCAGUUAGCACACCAUGGAAUGCUAUUUGUUCCUCUGGGGUACACAUUCGGCAGUGGCAUGUUUGAGAUGGAUGAAGUGAAAGGUGGGUCUUCUUACGGUGCUGGAACUUUUGCAGCAGAUGGGAGCCGUCAACCCACUGAAUUAGAACUCCAACAGGCCUUUUACCAAGGGAAGUAUAUUGGUGAAAUAACAAAGAAGCUCAAAGGUUAG